GAUAACAUCAGUUGAAACAAGCAGGGUUAAGCAGUGCUAAUGGAAGAGUUCUCCGAUUUAAACAGUUGCUUGGCCAGAGUUUAAGUGACACGAUGUUAGCGAACAAAACGGUUUAAUUUCAUAGUAACUUCACAUGGUUGUUUACAUGUGAAGAUGGCGGUCGAUCAAUCGGAUAUCGUGGAGAGUUUGGCAAAAACGACCGCUGCAUCUGUGGUUUCAUUAACUCUCGCAGAUCUCAACGAGUCCAAAGCUCAGCUGGAUGAGCGUUGUGAUUUCCUGCUGACAAAACUGGACGCGUUCAAUCAAUUACUCAAAGCCGUCUCGGAACGAGCCGAAUUUCUUCAAAUGAACCUUCCAAAACUUAUUGCAGCUCGGCAGCGCUUGAAGCAGGUAUAUUCCCAAGUUGACCAGCUGGAGGCGCUCGUUUGUGAUGUACGAAGUUCGCUGGCAGCUAUGGAAAGCAAAGUCGAGCAGGCUGAGAGCCUGUUUAUAACUUCGUACCAGCAGAAAAUCUUCAAAGUGUUCCAGAGCGCGCUAGGCUCGGCGAAUCCUUCCAGUUCAUCAGGCGGUCAGUAUCGCCGCCAGGUGCGGUUUGAACCACCUGAACUAUUUCGCGUAAAUGACUAUUUUCCGUCCGCAUCUGACGACGGUUCCCAUAUUACUGUUGCUGAAAUAGAAGAGGCGAAUAAGGAUUCGAAAAGCCUUCCCGAGUCGCAAGGUGCGAAAAAUGACAGCACACAAUGAUGAUAGGACCGUUAUGAUGAAGAUGGUACAUACCUGGUGGUUUCAUCAAGUUAGAGUUCUUAUUACAAAAGAAUAAAUAGAAUGUAAAUAUAAAUAAAGACGUUGUAAUUGAUAAUGUGUUGCAUUUAGUCGGAUAACUGUUGGCUUUACAGUUAGAUAAUAAAGCCUCUGAUUGAAUUUCUAGA